AUGCCCCUCCUUGUGGCUAGACUCGCUUCGAGUCCAACCUCGCCCAAUAAUUAUUCCUUGCGCACUCCUAUGAUACAGAGGGGCGCAGAGAACAACCUCAUCGUUUCUACUCCGAGCCAGGGCACUGGUCAGAAUCAGCAAACUUCGGCUUCCAGCCAACUUCAGGCAAGCCUCCCACCAAGCAACUCUAUGGCCAGCCGUGAUCCUGCUUUAGCGUCGUCGGGCGUUCAAGACCAUAUGGCUUUCAAGGCUGAGCCGGACAUUUCGACUCCUGCCUCUGCGACUCUUCGGCAAGACAAUGUAUUGUCUGGUGUGGGUCAGCCAAUGGUAGAUCAGCCACUGCUUGUCAUCCCCAAUACCGUGGGCCACAUGGUAUUUCAGCCAUUGCCAGUCGUCCCCGUUGACAUGGGCCCGAUGUUCUUUGAGGAAGGCUGUCCGUGUCCUGGUUGUCAGCAGUGGAUCGCGCAACAGAGGCAACAGAUCAAUGACCUGACCCGUCACGUCGACGGCCUUGAAGCCUCGAUAAGACCCGCCGGUCCCCCGGCGAUUCACUCGACCAAGAAGGUCUUGAUCACCAACCUUCCCAGCGAAAUCCUCAACAUGAUUGUGUCGUAUGUCAUGGGCGGUGUUCACGAGUGGCAUUAUUCUCCGCCAAAGUUCCCUCUUUCCGCCCAAAUAGAAGGUCAGCAGCAGGGCCAGCCAGACGGUCAUGCAUACGCUCAUGCGCAACACGAGGGAAAACGUUGUGCCGGUUCUUUGACCGACGAGAAGCUUCACGGUCUUUCUCAGACAUGCAAGCGAUUUCGGGAUCUUUGCGUUGCCUUUGGGGCGCACGAUUACCUGCAAAUUUGGACAGAGUUUGAUGAGUUUUUGAAAGAUGAUUUCACGCGGCUCUCCGAGGCCAACCGCAAUUGCGGGAUUAUCUCAAGAGUGAAACAUUUGAUUAUUAGCCCCCCUCCAAAUGGUCGUGCUUACGUGAGCCGCCCAAACAAGUGGAAUGGUUGGGGAGAAGCUGGCCGCCUCGAUUGUGUCCGUACAGUCAUCGCAGGCAUGGUCAAUCUUGUCUCACUUGAAAUUUCUUCGUCGAAGAAAUACGACACGCUGAGAAAUGCUUUCAAGAAUCGCACCCUUCCUACCGUUAGGAGCAUCACGCUGGACUCUCUUGCUCCUCUCAUGGGAACCCUCAUCCGCUCCUUCCCCAAUCUGCGUGUUUUGAGGAGCCGUUCCACAGGCGUAUGGGACCGUCCGGACAAUGAAGUUUUCAAAUCGCUCCAGAGCUCGCAGUUUAUCGAGACAGCUUGUUUUCUGGGAACAAGAGGCAUCAGAAUAAGUCGUCAACAUCGAACACCUCAGUACGCUGUAGAGAGUCUCUCUCAACUUAAGCAUCUGUUUUGGGAGUUCAGCGAGCCUCAUUGCCAGGCUGAAGAUACCAACAUGAUCGAAGCCCUCAGGGCUCACAACAACAUCAGGAAGUUCACCAUGCUCAGGCACGCCUCUAGACCUCCACCUGACUUUUCGCAGGUCUAUGACGAUGAUACGACCGUCGCAAAUCUUUACUUUGAUCGCAUCCCUCACCUUGAGGAGAUUGGCAUCUGCAGAGCCAAGGACAGAUACGGCUAUGGCCAUGCGGAUAGCGGCAAGGUCUUUGUCAGGAUCAAGAAACAGGUUGAAGCAGUCAAACCAGCCGCCAAAGAGGACGGCAACGGAUCAAACAACAAAGGGGGGGAAGAGAAAGAGAUCACGAACGACAAGAACAACAAGACGGCAAUGACCCCAACCCCGGAAACCAUCACCCUCGAAAAGAGGAAGGUCUUGCGAAUCUACAACUACAGACAAAGCGACGAGUAUCGCAUCAAGCAACUCGAGCUGGGUCACAUUCCACGGACACCCGACCGCCACCUCAGCCCGGGAAUCGCCCGCGAUCCGGAGUACUCGAUGUUCGAGCUUGAGUGGAGGUGGGCGAGACACCAAACUCUGAAGGAGUCAUACGAGCGCGAGGCGGCUGAGGUUGCAGAAGUCAAAGCUUCCGCUACAAAGGCUGCGAAGGCCAGCGCUGCGGCUGAGAAGGCUAAGGCCGCGGUUGGGGAAGUUAUGGCUGCGGCUGGCAUUCCCCAUGUAUCUGUGGUGGAGGGUAUUCCUGCUGUUGCAACCGUUGCUGACUCAAUUUCUUCCACUUCUUUGGUGCCCGGAGGUAUUCCGGCCGCCGCUGCCCAUCACGGCAUAGCCGUACCACCUUCCAUCUUUGGAAGUGCCGCCGCUGUCGCCAAUCUUCGUCCUAACGAAGCCGCCGCUCGGAGCAUUGACAAUGCUACUAGCAGCUCGAACUCCUCCUCUUCUACUUGA